CCUGACCCACCGGGUCUCCGGGUUUGUGUCAAAAGUUUUUGUCUCGUGGUUUCGUGGAGUUCAUCAAAAUGCCAAAAUUGUUGAGCAGGUGCAGAAAGCUGAAAAUCAAAACACAAAUGGAUCCUCGUCUUUGGCACAAAGUUGCUGCUAUCUCUGGGGCAGUAGCUGUUGGAUUAGGUGCUUAUGGUGCUCAUGGAUUCAAACCCAAAGAACCCGCUUAUAAACAGGUUUGGCAAACAGCUUCUUUGUACCAUUUAAUGCAUACUGCAGCUUUGUUAGCUGCUCCCAUUACCAAACAUCCUAACAUUUUUGGAGGUCUUAUGAGUGCUGGAAUUGUCUUUUUUUCGGGGACGUGCUACAGCGUGGCAUAUCUAGAAGACAGAAAGUUCAAUAGAUUGGCACCAAUUGGUGGCUUUGCGUUUAUAGCUGGUUGGGCUAGCCUGCUUUUCUGAAACUUCGAGGUACAAAAGACAGUAUGCACACUUAUUCACUGUAAACAGAACAGAAUAUUACUUGGACUGGUAGUUUGGUAUAAUACCUCAAAAAUGAUUCAGACAUUAGUGUGAUUGGAUUGUUUCACUACAUAUCGUUUCAGAAUUUACCAGUCUAUCAUGUUGAGUGCAAAAGUGUGAUGCAUCAUCCCAGUACCAUCGACUACUUUUAAGUCUUGAUACCAUUUUCUUGUGUAUACGAGUAUUGCUGUCAUACUGUGGAUAUGUAGUACUAAUUUGCGAUUGUUUUAUUCUCGUAUUUGAAGGGUCUGAAGCAAGAUACACAAGAAAUUAUAGUCAUAAUACUUGUUAUACUUAUCGGUUUGUCUUUAAA